AUGGCCUCCUUGUCAUCCACCACAAACAACAACAAGACGUCUUCGACUCCUUUUCAUCACACUCUCACCACCGAUCAAGUCUUGUCCUUCUUCGGUGUUGAAAGCAUUCGUACUGGUCUCACUGAGAAACAAUGUGAAACUAAUUUGAAACUCUAUGGCCGUAAUGAAUUGCCAGCGGAAGAAGGAACUCCAUUAUGGAAGCUCGUAUUGAAACAAUUUGAUGAUGUUUUAGUGAAGAUUCUUCUCGGAAGUGCUCUCAUUUCAUUCGUGUUUGCUUGUUUUGAAGAAGAAAUUACUUUGGGUACUUUUAUUGAACCAUUUGUGAUUGUCAUUGUUCUUGCUGUGAAUGCUUAUAUUGGUGUAAAACAAGAAUCAAGUGCUGAGAAAGCCAUUGAAGCAUUGAAACAAUAUGAAGCCAAUCGUGCCAUUGUCAUUCGAGAUGGAAAUGUUAAAGAAAUUGAUGCUGCUGAACUCGUUCCUGGUGAUCUCAUUAAAAUCAAUGUUGGAAAUACUGUUCCAGCAGAUGCUCGAUUAAUUCACCUCGAUUCUACCACUCUCAAAGUGGAUCAAAGUGCUUUGACUGGUGAAUCUGUGAGUGUGAUGAAAGAUCCAGAGCCAAUCAAGCAAGAAAAGAUUGAACUUCAAGGAAAAACAAAUAUGGUCUUUUCGGGAACUCUUGUUGUGUAUGGAAAAGGUUUGGCAAUUGUCACACACACUGGAAUCAAUACUGAAAUUGGUAAAAUUUCAACGAAAUUGUCCAAUCAAAAGAAGAACAAAGAGGAAGAAGAAGAAAAUUCUGAAAAGACACCUCUUCAAAAGAAUUUGGAUCAAUUUGGUCAUCAGUUGACGAUUGGUGUUGGUAUUAUUUGUGUCAUUGUGUUCUGUAUGAACAUUCCACAUUUUAAUGAUCCAAUGUUUGGAGGUUCUUGGAUUCGUGGAGCCAUUUAUUAUUUGAAAUAUAGUAUUGCAUUGGCAGUUGCUGCAAUUCCUGAAGGACUGCCAACUGUCAUUGUCAUGACAUUUUCAAUUGGAGCUCAAAGAAUGGCCAAAAGAAAUGCAAUUGUUCGUUCUCUUCCUGCAGUAGAAACAUUAGGAGCAUGCAGUGUCAUUUGCAGUGACAAGACUGGCACUUUGACCACCAACAAAAUGUCUGUCUGUCGAGUGGUGACAGUUGAAAACAUUGAAGGUGAUCAUGAUGUUCAAUGGAAUGAAUACACAGUUGAGAAUUCACAAUUCCAACCAAGUGGAAGAAUACUCUUAAAUGAUUCCAUUCCCAUCACUCAACCAUAUGAAUCCAAGAGUUUGAUUGAAACUGCAAAAAUUUGUUCUCUCUGCAACGAUGCUGCACUUAUUUAUAAUGCUGAAAAGAAGGACGUUGAAGUUUCAGGUGAACCAACAGAAGCUGCAUUACUCGUUCUUUCAGAAAAAAUCAAAGCUCCAAAAGAAUUUGGAAUUUCAGAAUCAUCCGAUUUAUCCAUUCGUUUAAAUCAAUAUUCCAAAUAUUGGAGAGAAAAAUACACCAAAGAAUUCACUCUCGAAUUCACACGAUCCAGAAAGAGCAUGUCUGUCUAUGUCAAGGAAGGAAUUUUAUUCUGUAAAGGAGCUUUUGAAAAUGUCAUUGCUCGAUGUGAUCGUGUGCUUGCCAACUCGACUGGAAAGAUUAUUCCAUUGACAGAGAGUAUGAAAACUAAAUUAAUGAAUCACAUUCGAGAGAAUUUUUCAGACAAGUUGGCAUUAAGAUGUUUGGCAACUGCCUUUGUUGAAAAGAAAUUGACCAAACAAGAUAUUUCAGAUCCAGAGACAUUUGACAAGAUUGAAAUGAACAUGGUCUUGACAUCGGUGUGUGGAUUAAUUGAUCCUGCAAGACCUGAAGUGAAGGGAGCAAUUGAAACGUGUCGAAAUGCUGGUAUUCGUGUGAUUGUGAUUACAGGAGAUAACAAAAAUACUGCUGAAGCCAUUUGUAAGGGAAUUGGUUUAUUCAAUGACAUUUCUGACUCAUCCCAAUCCCUGACUGAACAAAAUCUCUCUUUCACUGGAAAAGAAUUUGAAGAAAUGUCACUCGAUCGCAAACGUCAAGUCAUUCAAAGUGUAAGACUUUUUUCACGAGUUGAACCUCAACACAAACUCGACGUUGUUCGUUUAAUUCAAGAACAAGGAUUAGUAGUAGCCAUGACAGGCGAUGGUGUCAACGAUGCUGUUGCUUUAAAACACAGUAAUAUUGGUAUUGCGAUGGGUUCUGGAACUCAAGUCGCACGUUCAUCAGGAAAGAUGAUUUUACAAGAUGAUAAUUUUUGUUCGAUUGUGGCGGCCAUUGAAGAAGGAAGAGUGAUUUUUAACAAUACGAAACAAUUUAUUCGAUAUCUCAUUUCGUCGAAUAUUGGAGAAGUGAUUUCAAUUUUCUUUGCAUCUUUGAUUGGAAUUCCAGAACAUUUGAAUACGAUUCAAUUAUUAUUUUGUAAUCUCGUCACAGAUGGUUUGCCUGCCAACAGUAUUGGUCUUAAUCCAGGAUCUCCAAAUAUUAUGAAAGAAAAACCAAGAAAUCCCAAUGAACCACUUGUCAAUGCAUGGCAAUUUGCAAGAUAUUUAAUUGUUGGAACUUAUAUUGGAGUGAGUACAGUGUUGGGAUAUAUUUAUUACUUUGUGUAUUUCCAUGAAGGACCUCAAAUUAGUUAUCAUGAUCUUGUGAAUUUUGGAAAAUGUGAUCCUAUGAGCAGUGCUGUGAAUUGUUCAUUGUUUGAUCGAGAAAAUUUAGCAAGACCCUCCACCAUUUCACUUUCGAUUUUGGUAUUUAUUGAAAUGUUGAAUGCAUUGUGUUCCAUUUCAGAGUAUGACAGUAUUUUUGUGAAUCCACCCACACGAAAUAUUUAUUUGAUUUUCUCUGUGGUAUUGAGUAUGGUUAUCCAUUGUUUGAUUUUAUACGUUCCAGGGUUGAAUGUAUUGUUCAAUGUCUAUCCCAUUAGUUGGCAUGAAUGGCAAAUUGUGAUUGCUGCUUCUCUUCCAGUCUUGUUGGUUGACGAGGCGUUGAAAUUCAUUGGACGAAAUUUUAUUGAAAAGAAGAAUGAGGUGGAGAGAUUGUCGAGCAAGAAAUUGGAAUAA